AUGAAGGUAGACGUUGAUGAGCUGUGCGAUAAACCUGAUGAAUUAUGGGAUAAGUACAUACAAGAGGGUCGAGUCUGCGAGCCUGCUUCGCUACCAAAAGUAGUUUCAAUAACAGAUAUUAUUGAUGUGAAUGUGAUGAUUGAUCAUUGCGAGAGUAGAUUGUGGAAGGCAAUAAAGAAGGAUGCCGUACGGUUCGUUUGUAUUUCGGAUACACACGAUCAGCUGGAUCGAAUUGUGGGCCGAUCAUUAGCACAUAAGUACAAGAUUGUGAUUGCUGGAAAUCAUGAUUUGGGAUUUGAGGAUAAUGAAGAUUUGAGUGGUCGUGGGAGGUGCUACCGUGAUCGGGGUACACCACAGGGCUAUAAAUUGCUUACGAAUUGUGUUUAUCUGCAAGAUUCUGAAGUAACGGUUUAUGGAAUAAGAAUCUAUGGGUCAUCAUGGCAUCCACUGGCUGGCUAUUCGUUUUCGAGGAAUCGCGGCAAAGAUUUGCUGGAGAAAUGGGAUUUAAUACCAGACGGAAUUGAUGUUCUUAUAACACACACUCCACCGCUUGGUCAUCUAGAUAAUUUCAAGGGAACACGUUGGGGCUGUAGUGAGUUGCUGAAUACGAUCGAACGUCGAGUACAGCCUCGUUUUCACGUAUUCGGUCAUGUUCACGAGCAGAACGGUGCGACAACGAAUCGUAAAACAACAUUCAUCAAUGCAUCCAUCUGUAAUCAUGCUCUUCAAACCGCUUAUGGAAUGAGAAUCUAUGGUGCACCAUGGCAUCCACUGGCUGGCUAUUCGUUUUCGAGGAAUCGAGGCAAAGAUUUGCUGGAGAAAUGGGAUUUAAUACCUGACGGAAUUGACGUUCUUAUAACACACACUCCGCCACUUGAUCAUUCGCUUAGGCUGCCUACAUCUCUAAAAUUGUUGAAGGGAACACACUGCGGCUGUAGUGAGUUGCUGAAUACGAUUGAACGUCGAGUGCAGCCUCGUUUUCACGUAUUCGGUCAUGUUCACGAGCAGAACGGUGCG